GGAAGUGGGCAGCUCGUUGUCAGGAAGGGUUAGCGAGAGAACAGAGGAGACUGCGUCUCUGUCUAAAGCUGCUAUUCAUCAACAAAUUACGUGGAUUUAACCUACUGUUUCUCUCCCUCUGGAUACUGGACAUUUUCCUCGAGAAGCUUGGGAAUCAAAUAGCCGACAAAUAGACUUAAAAACGCGUCUGUAGAGGAGCUACAACUCGGUCGAAGCGUCUUGAUGUACUAAAAACGAAACGGAAGUAACUUGCCAGCUGUCUGGCGAAGCUCCUGAGUGUCUGAAUGCCAACUCUGUGGGUGAUGGAGUUGAGCCGGCAACUCUGUGGGAAGAUGAGGAGGUCCAGUAAGAGGACCCAACUCUCCUCUUCUCCUACUUCCACUCGGGGCCUGGAGAUCCACUUUUACACACCGGAGGUGCACCAGCUAGAGUACUUCAAAGGCUGCUACACCGCGUUGGAGCUCUGUGUGGAUGCUGCCAAGAAAAGCUCAAUCUCUCCCUUGUGCCAUAACCUAUUUGCCCUGUAUGAUGAGUCAACUGGCACGUGGUACCCCCCCAACUAUGAGUUCAAGAUCACAGAUGAAACCAGUCUGAAGCUGCACUAUCGCAUGAGGUUUUAUUUCAAAAACUGGCAUGGCACCACUGAAGGAGAGUCUCCAGUUUGGAGACACUGCAUCAGCAAACUCAAAGGAGUAGGACUUAGCCCACAGAAACCUCCAGAAGGAACUCCCCUACUGGAUGCUGCCUCUCUUGACUACCUGUUUGCCCAGGGCCAGCAUGACUUUCAGACAGGCGUGGUUCCACUGAGGAUAUCCCACUCCGAGGCAGAGCAACACGAGAUAGAAAAUGAGUGUUUGGGCAUGGCUGUGCUUGCGAUCACUCACUAUACCACGAAUAUGGAUAUGCUCCCGCCCACUGCUUCCAAUGAAAUCAGCUACAAGCGUUUCAUCCCUGAAUCGCUGAACGGCAACAUUAAGCAGCGCAACUUCUUGACACGCAUCCGCAUCAACAACGUCUUCAAGAAAUUCCUCAGUGAAUUCAACCGCCGCACAAUGAAAGACAGCAACAUCACGCCAUACGACCUGAAGAUCAAGUACCUGGCCACGCUGGAGGGCCUGACCAGCGGCCUGGGCAGCGAGCUGUUUCAGCCCAUCUCGCUCGGUGUAACGCAGGAAGGAGAUCUCUGCAAUGGAGGUUACUAUGGGUACUACAACCAGGGCCAAGGGCAGAACCAGAGUCUGAACAUAGAGCCUUGCCAUGAUAUGAUCGUCCUGGUUACUGGUACCACUGGCAUUGCAUGGAGGAAGAAGCCCGCUACAACACCUGCGGCCGGCAAAGAAAAAGGCAAGUCAAAGAAGAACAAGUUAGAUGGAAAACAGAAAAAUGACAAGAAGAAAGAUCCAAGCGAAGACUGGUCCGUAUUCUGUGACUUCCAUGAGAUCACACACGCUGUCGUCAAAGAGGCGACGGUCACCAUCUCUAGACAGGACAACAAGAGGAUGGAGUUGCAAAUGGCUUCUAGGAGCGAAGCUCUGUCCUUUGCAGCCCUUGUGGAUGGGUACUUCAGGCUGACAGUUGAUGCCCACCACUUCCUGUGCAAGGAGGUGGCCCCUGCUUCAGUGGUGCACAACAUCAACAACGGCUGCCACGGACCCAUCUGCACGGAGUACGCCAUCCACAAGCUGCGUCAGGAGGGCAACGAGGAGGGCACCUACAUCCUGCGCUGGAGCUGCACUGACUACCAGUACAUCAUCAUCACUGUUGUCUGCACUGAGAUUGACCUGAAGGAGUCUCGUCCUGUGCGUCAGUAUAAGAACUUCCAGAUUGAGGUGUCCAACGAUGGGUGCCGCCUGUACGGCACUGAGACGUUUCGGGCCAAUCUCGUCGACCUGCUGGAGCACCUGGAGGGCCAAAGCCUUCGCACCGACAACCUACAGUUCCAGCUGCUGCGCUGCUGCCCUCCACAGCCUAGAGAGAUUUCCAACUUGCUGGUGGUCACUAAAGAGAGAGCACCGACCCCUCAGACACCCAUGCAGGAGAGCCAGCUGAGCUUCCAUCGCAUUCUCAAGGAGGAGAUUGAACAGGAUGAGCAUCUUGGACGAGGCACAAAAACCAACAUCCACUCAGGCACACUGAAGGUGAAGAGUGAGGAGGACGAGGAUGCAGGUUACUCUUCCUUCCAGGAGGUCAAGGUGGUCCUGAAGGUGCUGGGUUCUGGACACAGGGACAUCUCCCUGGCCUUCUUCGAAACAGCCAGCAUGAUGCGACAGGUGGCCCAUAAACACAUAGUGCUGCUGUAUGGAGUGUGUGUUCGCCACCAGGAGAAUAUCAUGGUUGAAGAGUAUGUCCAGCAAGGACCACUGGACUUAUUUAUGAGGAGACAGAAGAGCCCACUCGGCACACCAUGGAAGUUCCAGGUGGCCAAGCAGCUGGCCUCAGCUCUCAGCUACUUGGAGGACAAAAAGCUGGUCCAUGGCUUUGUGUGUGCUAAAAACAUCCUGCUGGCCAGAGACGGACUGGGCACCGAUGAAGGAGGGCCCUUCAUCAAGCUCAGUGACCCAGGAAUACCAAUCACAGUACUCACCAGAGAGGAGUGUGUGCAUCGUAUCCCAUGGAUCGCUCCGGAGUGUGUGAAGAGCCCGUCUUCUCUGAGCGUCGCAGCUGAUAAGUGGGGCUUUGGUACCACCCUGUGGGAGAUCUGCUACGAUGGAGAGGUCCCCCUCAAAGACAAGAAACUCACAGAGAGGGAGAGGUUUUACGAAACAGAGUGCCAACUGGCCACCCCAGACUGCAAAGAGCUGGCUGAACUGAUGACGCACUGCAUGAACUACGACCCCAAGAAGAGACCUUUCUUCAGGGCUAUCGUCAGGGACAUAGACAUGCUAGAAGAGAAGAACCCGUCUAUCAAACCACAGCCUACACCAGAGGUGGACCCAACUAUGUUUGAAAAGAGAUUCCUGAAGAAGAUCAGAGAGCUGGGAGAGGGCCACUUCGGUAAGGUGGAGCUGUGUCGCUAUGACCCUCGGGGAGAUAAAACAGGUGAGAUGGUGGCAGUGAAAUCCCUGAAGCCUGAGAACCGAGACGAGCAGAGCAACAACCUCUCGACUGAGAUCGACAUCCUGAAGGCACUCUACCAUGAGAACAUUGUCAAAUACAAAGGCAUCUGCCAAGAGGAAGGUGGUCAGGCCAUUAAGCUGAUCAUGGAGUACCUUCCACUGGGCAGUUUGAAGGAGUAUCUACCCAGAAACAAAAGCAAGACCAGCCUCAAAACCCUGCUCAGCUACUCUGUCCAAAUAUGCAAGGGAAUGGACUAUCUGGGAUCUCGAAAUUACAUACACCGGGACCUGGCUGCACGUAAUGUGCUGGUGGAGAACGAGAGGACGGUGAAGAUUGGAGAUUUCGGCCUCACCAAGAGCAUCAAGGACAAUGAGGGAUAUUACACCGUCAAAGACGAAAAUGACAGCCCUGUUUUCUGGUAUGCUCCAGAGUGUCUGACCUUCUGCAAGUUCUACCUUGCCUCAGAUGUUUGGUCCUUUGGGGUGACGAUGUACGAACUCAUCACCUACUGCGACUACUCCAAGAGCCCGAUGACGCUCUUCCUUGGCAUGAUUGGUAAAACUCAAGGUCAGAUGACUAUCCUCCGAUUGGUGAAGGUGUUGGCAGAAGGAAAGAGAUUGCCAUGUCCUGAGGGCUGUCCUGAACCUGUGUACGAGCUCAUGCGCAGGUGCUGGGAGAACAUGCCCGACAGGAGAAUCACCUUUAAACGCCUGGUGGAGGAGCUGAGCAACAUGCAGCAACAGCUCCAACCACAAAACGGACUUUAAACCUCCUCAAAAUGUUUGAGGCUCUGAGAGUGAUGUUGAUUUUUGCGUGCAGACUCGGGACCAGAUGUGAACGGUAACACUGACCCCAGAUCAGCAUCUGCCUGUGCAGCUUCAUUGUACUGAGAGACAGUCCUGAAGGAUCAGAGCUUCACACAAAGCUGUGCUCCUUCAUACUCAUAUAUAAACCUUCCACAACCAUGAAAAGACUUUAAGUCCUAUCAGUCAUGCCAUAUUUUUUAUGUUUUUAUUUCUCCAGUUUGUUUAAUUACUCCAUUAUUUCCUAAUUCGAGUUGAGUAUUGGAUGAAACAAGUUAAUCCUCUCAAAUCUUGUAACCUUAGCUCAUGCUUUAUGUGACCUUAUAUUUUAUAAAGGACCUCCAAAUGUAUCUAAGGGAUUUAACACUCUGCAUUGUCAGAAAUGUCAAACUCACAUGGACUCGUCGCUCUUAUAAUGUGCGCCAAAGGCUUUUAUAAUCAUUUGGAGUCGAGGCCGAUAUCGCUCUCACUGAUGGACGCUUGAAAGAUGGAGACCGAGCAGAGAAAGGAACUGUUUAACGUCCACGUCCACACAGUUCAAUGGCUGUGUGGUAGCCUUCUUUGGGAGACACCCACUGGAUCACUAAUGAAUCAUGUUGAUAAUAUCUUGGAUGGAUGGACAAAGGCAUUAAUACAGAUACUGAAGAUGUGGUUCUUUAACGUUUUGUCUUGGACUCCUGUUCGCCUGAUUUUGUAUUUCUUUUAGCCAUGAAGUAAUCUGUGAUAGAUUUUCUUUCAUUAUGUGCAGAUGCAGUGACAAAGAUCUGGCUUUAAAUUACAGCCAGCAAUCAGUAAACAAUGUUGCUUUCACUGUGUUGUUGUCAUCGGCAUUUUAGCUGGGAAAAAAAUGACAAACAUUCAUUGGCUCUAGAAGACAUCAUAUUUUAAGUUUUAGUAAACGGACAGGCAUUUUUCACUAUUUUCAGACAUUUUAUAGACCAAUUAAUCAAGAACAUAAUCCAAAGAUUAAUUGUUUUCAGGCUGCAUUGUUUAAAUGUGUAAUAAAUGCUUGUCUCACCCCAAGUGACCUGCAUCUGCACAGCAAAUCUACUUUUUUUUUCUAUUACAGGUUAUGGCUCUCUAAUCAUCUUCCAUGUUGUUUCAGGAAUCACAUCUUUUGCACUGUGUUAAGGUCCUAUGAUUGAUUGAGUUGGUCCGGUUUAUAAUCUCUAAACGGGUUUGGUUUGUUAAAUGUAACAAAUCUUAAAUUGAGAACUGUAUGCAUCUGAUUAAUUGCCUAAAUCACAUAUACAGCUGGUAACUUGUUAGUUGAGGAGUGAGAGAUUAAGACAAGUACCUGUGAGAGACACUUGAGGGCAGCAUCACGUCAAUUUUCCUCUGCUGUUUAUGUAGCUUUCCACACAUACUUUAUGAAAUAUCUAUGUACCGUACUGAAUAGUGCAAAAAGAGAUCCAAUUGCCAUUAUUGCAGAUUGUAUAUGAAAGGACUUCAGGUGGUGCACAGGGCUUGAAGUGAGAGAGAAUCAUUGAUUAUUCACAUGGUAUUUUAUGUUUAUUUGUUGUUUCAGUUAAAAAGUAUAUUAUUUCUUUUAGUGAUAUUCAUGAUUAUGUAAGUGCAUUUUAUUUGUACCGUUUCCUUUUGAAUUCUUCAAUAUGCCCCGAACAUUUAUAAAAGUGUAUUUUAUCUGUGAGUAUGUGAAAUUUGAGCAGAGGGUUUUUUCUGUUGUAAAUCCAUCAGUAGACAUGAGCCGUAAAAUCUCACUCAGUGAUAGAUUAUCAUGACUUCAAGAAAUGGUCAGUUUCUUCAUAUUAUCGUGUGGCUUUUACUGUGAACUUUGGCAGAAAAAAAGGACUAUCGAGAACACAAAGUUGCGCUUCAGUCCACAUUAUAUUUAGGAAUGUAAAAGACAAUUCCUUCUGCUCAAAAUUAGAGAAAAGAAAUAUAUAUUUUUCAAAAAAAUAAAACGAAUGUAUCAAUAAUGGCAAGUACAAGUAUCCAUUAAUACAAAUUGAAUUAAAUAAAUUUGUUGUGUUCUGUCUGA